GUCACAAUCGCUUCCUACUUCCGCAAACACAGUCCAGAGACUGAUCUAUGCGGCGGCUCGAUUUCUGCCCCCGUCUGCCCGGCUCAGGCUGAUAUUUCCCCCCGGUUUCCGACACUUAUAUGCCGGCCUGGCAGCGACCAUGACGGCAGACGGCCGCGGCUCCGUGGCGGAGCCUCCGGGGCUGGAGACGCAGCGGCGGGAGAUCGAGUCUCUGCUGCGGGAGAGCGAGCUCCGCUCCGGGGACAGCUGGUACGUGGUGGAUCAUCGCUGGUUUGAACAGUGGAAGGAGUUCGUGGAGACUGGAGACCAGAAUUCCUCCUCUUACCCGGGUCAGAUUGACAACACGGAGCUGUACGAGGACCUGGACUCCUACCACCUGAAGGAGCGUCUGGCGGAGAACGAGGACUUUGUGCUGGUGCCAGCGGAGGCCUGGCACAAGCUGCAUGUCUGGUAUGGGAUGGUGGGCGGUCAACCCCCGCUGGAACGCAAGGUGGUGGACUUGCCCAGCACUCUUAAGGUGGAGGUUUACCCUGUUGAGGUCUUCCUCUGUCUCCAUAGCAACAUGGAGACUGUCAUCACUGCGCAGUUCAGCCGCACAGACAACAUACAUGCGAUCCAGAGGGCCAUAUGUCAAGCCUUCUCGGUGCCUCCGGACUCGGAGUGCCGUCUGUGGAUGAAGAGCUCGGACAGCAGCUGCGAGCGUCUCAGGAACGUCCACAUGAGCGUGCUGGACACGGGUCUGAGCUCAGGGAUGACGGUGAUCAUGGAGACGAGGAACGCUGACGGCACCUGGCCGAGCUCCAGACCCCAGAUCAUGAAGAACUCCGUGGAAGAGCAGGACUCGUACCGAGGACAGCCGGGCGUCAGUGGCCUCACCAACCUGGGCAACACCUGCUUCAUGAACUCAGCUUUACAGUGUCUGAGCAACACUCCCGCGCUGACGGAGUACUUCCUGCAGAACUCCUACCUGGAGGAGCUGAACUUCACCAACCCUCUGGGGAUGAAGGGCGAGAUCGCCGAGGCGUACGCGGACGUCAUCAAGCAGAUGUGGUCUGGGCGCCAUUACUCUGUGGUGCCGCGUGUCUUCAAGACCAAGGUGGGCCACUUUGCGUCUCAGUUCCUGGGCUACCAGCAGCACGACAGUCAGGAGCUGCUGUCCUUCCUGCUGGACGGGCUGCACGAGGACCUGAACCGGGUCAAGAACAAGGAAUACUUCGAGCUGCGAGACGCCGACGGGCGGCCGGACCAGGAAGUGGCUGAGGAGGCGUGGCGGAACCACCGGCGACGGAACGACUCGGUGAUCGUCGACACGUUUCACGGCCUCUUCAAGUCCACGCUCGUCUGCCCCGAGUGCAAGAAGGUGUCCGUGACCUUCGACCCCUUCUGCUACCUGAGCGUCCCACUUCCUGUCAGCAAAGAGCGCGUCAUGGAGGUCUUCUUCGUCUCCCUGGACCCCUACGCCAAACCCGUGCAGCAUCGCGUCGUGGUUCCCAAAGUGGGGAGAGUGAGCGACCUGUGCGCCGCUCUGUCGGAGAUGACCGGCACUCCGGCCACGCAGAUGGUGGUUGCGGAUGUCUUCAAUCAUCGUUUUUACAAAAUCUACAACGCCGACGAAUCUCUGAACUGCAUCCUGGACCGAGAUGACAUCUUUGUGUACGAGCUGAGCGCGCCGCAGGAGGACCAGGUGCUGCUGGCGCUCUACCUGAGGGAGCAGUCGCACUACCGGGACUACGGCGCCGGCAGCAGCUCGUACGGCACGUCGCUGUUCGGACACCCGCUGCUGCUCAAGGUGCCGCACGGCAGCUGCAGCCGGGAGGCGCUUUACGAGCUGUUCCUGCAGAGGCUUGCGCGGUACGUGCGACCUCCGGACCCCUCCGAGGAGCUGGAGGAGGAAGAGGAGGAGGAUGAAGAAGAGGAAGAGCUGUACAGGUCUCAGACCAACGGCAUCAGUGAUGAUGAGCAGCAGGAGGCGGAGCCUGCCGGAUCUUCCUGCUGCAGCAACGCAUCUCCAAACAGCCAAUCAGAGGGGGCGGCUGCAGCUGCAGCGGAGCCACAACCCGAUGCUGACCGGUCUAUGAGCUCUCUGGACCACGGGGACACGGAGACCAGCACCGGCUCCCCGGACCAGGCGGGGCCCGCCUGCAGCAGCAACGACGGCGACCCCUGCGGGGACACGGGCGCCGGCGCCGCUGCGGGAGGAUCAGAGGCGCCGGCAGAGCAGCCGCAGCAGUCGUCUGAAACCGCAGAAGAAGGGAACGAAGAAGACAAGCAGGGGGAGGCGCGCUCUCCCAGCCCGCCGGCCAGUGAGCACCCGGCUAAGAGGAGGGCGUGCCGGAAGAGGAGGCGGAGCCUCUUCACCAUCCAGGCUGUCAACUCCAACGGGACCACCGAGCGGGGAAUGGGAGAACGAGGGAGCGCCGUGUCCUUCAGCUCUCAGCCGUACGUGGCCAUCGACUGGGACCCCGACAUGAAGAAGAGGUUCUACAACGAAAACGAGGCUGAGAAGUACGUGAAGCACGCCAGCAUGGAGGUUCCUCAGCAGCAGAUGACCGUACAGCUGCAGGAGUGCAUCGAGCUCUUCACCACCGUGGAAACGCUGGAGGAGGAGAAUCCAUGGUACUGUCCGGUGUGUAAGCUGCACCAGCUGGCCACCAAGAAGCUGGACCUGUGGUCCCUGCCGGAGGUCCUGAUCAUCCACCUCAAGAGGUUCUCCUACACCAAGUUCACCAGAGAGAAGCUGGACACCAUCGUGGACUUCCCCCUCAGAGAUCUGGACUUCUCCGGCCUCCUCCUGAAGAAAAGCGUGUCCAGCGCGGAACCUCCGAGCCGCUACGACCUCAUCGCCGUGUCCAAUCACUACGGGGGACUCAGAGACGGACACUACACCAGCUACGCCAGGAACAAGGACAACAGCCAGUGGUAUUACUUUGACGACAGCAAGGUGACGUACGCCACGGAGGACCAGAUCGUGACCAACGCUGCCUACGUCUUGUUCUACCACCGUCAAGACAAAAUCAGAAAACCCACCCUGCCCACCCCCAAUGCAAACUCCGCCUCCUCCACUCAAGCCUCCAAUGACAUCACUUCCUGCAGAGAUGAGGAUGAGGAGGUGGUGCCGGGUGCCUCGUCCGCCUCCACCAUGGAAACGGACUGAACCGCCACCAUGCGGUUUAAUUCAGCUUCUCAUCAGUCUCUAGUUUUAUUUGUUCUGAACUCGGGGGCGUCUGCGCCGGCUGAUGUUUACACUUCUCAUCUCGACUUCUGCAGAAAACAGAACCUGAAAUUUUAUUUCUAAAACGUGUUAAACCUAUUCCUGCACAAGAUCUGGUUUCCAGCAGCGAGCAGGCAGAUAAUUAGUGCGUGAUCACUUAAAUAUUCAUUUAACUUAAGGACAAUUUCAAAAGUAAAAUCAAACGCAGCUCAUCUCACAAACAGGACUUUUAAUUUUCACCAGAACUAUGCGGGAGUUAAUUGACAUGGAGGCACCAUGCAGUGGAUUAUGGGUAAUCACAAAUGCAACAAUGCUGUCAGGGAUUAAAAUGAUCUUUGUAUAUUUUGGUGGUUUUCCUCAGAUAUUUAUUUUUGAGCGGUCAUGUGACUGGUGCAGGACGUGGAGGCUUAUUUUCAUAUUUAUAGAGGACAUUUAUACUCCGGCGCGUGCAGACGAAGCUUUUAAACGGCUCUGUACAGUAUUUUUCUAUUGUAAAGUUCAUAUCAUUCCUGGGUGGAGCAGCAGGACUUUCUCUCUUUGGUCUUCCCGGUCAAAUCAGAUGAAAUUAUUUUAUUGUACUUUCAAUUUCACUUUUUGAUAUGAAUAAAAAGGUCUAUGAG